AUGGGAGGAAGUGUCAUCCCUGUGUAUGCUAGUUUUGGCCUGGAGACCAAAAAUCCACAGCAACAGUUGGUGGAAUAUUCACUGGAAGCGAAAACAGAUGCGAAAUCCGCAGAAGCUCAGCUGAAAUCGCCAGGCUCGCGGAUGAAGGCUAGGAUCGAUACAGUUAGUGAGCAACACUAUAGCAUCAGCUUCUUCAAGAACGACGAACGCCCUUCAUUAGUCGGUGAUAUCAAUUUCGGAGACCAUGGAGCAGAGAUUGAAUUUCGUGAGGGAAGGACGAGCGAAGUUAAAUUACACGCGUCAGCUGUGAUGAGUAAUGACUACGAAGGGAAGCUUGACAUAUGGCACAGUGAAAGAGGCAAAAAAAUCCAGGAUGCACGUCUCUCACUACUGAUGGAAGAAAACAACGUGCUGAAGGGAAAAGCCUACCUCGGAGCAGCAGUCGACGAUGACAUUAUGAAGAAAGCGAAAGAGGCCGCUUCGAGAAGCAGCGAGCUGACUGAAAGUUCAUUUAUGAGGGAUGCUCUACUACCCAUAUUCUCAUCGCAUAAGCAAAUUGCCAAUGAUGUUAUGGGAACUCUGGAUGGAAUGGUAAAACAAUGGACUUCCAUGCAACGCUUCAUUCGACCUGUGAAAAAAGUAUGUUUGCGACCAAACCCAUAA